GACUUCCGGCGGCAUUUUGAGUCGAUCUUCCUAUCGGCCUGUUAGUGUUUUCGUUGCUUUUUCUUGCUCUCCAGUCUCUCUUCCUUCAUUUUCGUCCUACAUCUCAGUCUCACUUGACCCUGGCGAAGCGGCGGGCGCGUUCUGCUUCUCAGCUGCCCCGGGGUCCUCUCGCUAGCGAAGGGCCGGUUCCCGGGAGCCGCGCGCGCACCUCCUUCUCCUCGUCGUCGUCUUCCCGGGGCCAGGCGCGGGGACAGAGAGUCGCCUCCCCCGCUCCUCGGAGCGGUGGCGGCGGUAGCGCCUCCUGACUGAGCUUGCGACAGGAGCUCGGGGAGGAGUAGUACAAAAUGUCAAAAAUUAGAAGGAAGGUCACAGUGGAAAAUACCAAGACCAUAUCUGAUAGCACAUCCCGAAGACCCAGUGUAUUUGAGAGGCUUGGACCCAGCACUGGCAGUACAGCAGAGACACAGUGCCGUAACUGGCUGAAGACUGGCAACUGCCUCUAUGGAAACACAUGUAGAUUCGUACAUGGCCCUUCACCCCGUGGUAAAGGUUAUAGCAGCAAUUAUAGAAGGUCACCAGAAAGACCUACAGGGGAUCUUAGAGAAAGAAUGAAGAACAAGCGCCAAGAUGUGGACACUGAGUCCCAGAAACGAAAUACAGAGGAGUCUUCCUCACCUGUUAGGAAAGAAUCUUCAAGAGGGAGACAUAGGGAAAAGGAAGACAUAAAAAUCACUAAGGAGAGAACGCCAGAAAGUGAAGAAGAAAAUGUAGAAUGGGAAACUAAUAGAGAUGAUUCUGACAAUGGAGAUAUUAAUUAUGAUUACGUUCAUGAGUUGUCAUUGGAAAUGAAGCGUCAGAAGAUACAGAGGGAAUUAAUGAAGCUGGAACAAGAAAACAUGGACAAGAGAGAAGAAAUUAUUAUUAAAAAAGAGGUUUCACCAGAAGUGAUUAGAUCAAAAUUAUCUCCAUCACCUUCUCUAAGAAAAUCAAGCAAAUCUCCAAAGCGAAAAUCAAGCCCUAAGUCAUCAUCUUCAGCAAGCAAGAAAGACAGGAAGACAGCUGCAGUAUCCUCACCCUUAUUGGACCAGCAGAGGAAUUCAAAAGGCAACCAGAGUAAAAAGAAAGGACCUCGAACUCCUAGUCCACCCCCUCCUAUACAGGAAGAUAUUGUUCUGGGGAAAAAAUAUAAAGAAAAGUAUAAAGUAAAAGAUAGAAUAGAAGAAAAACCAAGAGAUGGAAAAGACAGAGGACGAGAUUUUGAAAGACAAAGGGAAAAAAGAGACAAGCCAAGGUCUACUUCCCCAGUAGGACAGCAUCAUUCUCCUAUAUCUUCUAGACAUCAUUCAUCUUCCUCACAAUCAGGAUCAUCUAUUCAAAGACAUUCUCCUUCUCCUCGUCGAAAAAGAACUCCUUCACCAUCUUAUCAGAGGACAAUAACUCCACCUUUACGACGCUCCGCUUCUCCUUAUCCUUCACAUUCUCUGUCUUCUCCUCAGAGAAAGCAAAGUCCCCCAAGACAUCGCUCUCCAAUGCGAGAAAAAGGGAGGCAUGACCAUGAACGAACUUCACAGUCUCAUGAUCGGCGUCAUGAAAGAAGGGAAGAGACCAGAAGCAAAAGGGAUAGAGAAAAGGACACAAGAGAAGAACGAGAGUAUGAACAAGAUCAGAGCUCUUCUAGAGACCACAGAGAUGACCGAGAACCUCGAGAUGGUCGGGAUCGAAGAGAUACCAGAGAUACUAGAGACCGACGGGAACUAAGGGACUCCAGAGACAUUCGGGACUCCAGGGAGAUGAGAGAUUAUAGCAGAGAUAACAAAGAGAGCCGUGAUCCCAGAGAUUCUCGGUCUGCUCGUGAUACCCAUGACUACAGGGACCGUGAAAGUCGAGAUUCUCAUCGAAAGGAGGAUACCUAUCAAGAAGAAUCCCGAAGUUAUGGCAGAAACCAUUUGAGAGAAGAAAGUUCUCGUACUGAAAUAAGGAAUGAUGCCAGAAAUGAGUCUCGAAGUGAAAUUAGGAAUGACCGGAUGGGCAGAAGUAGGGGGAGAGGUCCAGAAUUACCUGAAAAGGGAAGUCGAGGCACAAGAGGUUCUCAAAUUGAUAGUCACAGUAGUAGUAGCAACUAUCAUGACAGCUGGGAAACUCGAAGUAGCUAUCCUGAAAGAGACAGAUAUCCUGAAAGAGACAACAGAGACCAAGCAAGGGAUUCUUCCUUUGAGAGAAGACAUGGAGAGAGAGACCGUCGUGACAACAGAGAGAGAGAUCAAAGACCAAGCUCACCAAUUCGACAUCAGGGAAGGAAUGACGAGCUUGAGCGUGAUGAAAGAAGAGAGGAACGAAGAGUAGACAGAGUGGAGGAUAGAAGAGAUGAAAGGGCUAGAGAAAGAGAGAGGGAGCGAGAGCGAGACAGAGAGCGUGAGAGGGAGAGGGAGCGUGAGCGGGAUCGGGAAAGAGAGAAGGAAAGAGAGCUGGAAAGAGAGCGUGCUAGGGAGAGGGAGAGAGAACGAGAACGAGAAAAGGAGAGGGACCGUGAAAGGGAGCGAGAGCGUGACCAUGAUCGAGAGAGGGAGAGAGAGCGGGAGCGAGACAGGGAAAAAGAGCGGGAGCGAGAGAGAGAAGAGCGGGAGCGAGAGCGAGAGCGGGAGAGGGAACGGGAGCGAGAGCGGGAACGAGAGCGAGCGAGAGAAAGGGAUAAGGAACGAGAGCGUCAGAGGGAGUGGGAAGACAAAGACAAAGGGCGAGAGGACCGCCGAGAAAAGCGGGAAGAUACCAGAGAAGACCGGAAUCCCAGAGAUGGGCACGAUGAGAGGAAGUCCAAGAAACGCUAUAGAAAUGAAGGGAGUCCUAGCCCUCGUCAGUCACCUAAGCGCCGGCGAGAACAUUCUCCUGACAGUGAUGCAUACAACAGCGGAGAUGAUAAAAAUGAAAAACAUAGACUCUUGAGCCAGGUUGUACGACCUCAAGAGUCUCGUUCUCUCAGUCCGUCACACCUUACAGAAGACAGGCAGGGUAGAUGGAAAGAGGAAGAUCGUAAACUAGAAAGAAAAGAGAGUUCAAGACGGUAUGAAGAGCAAGAGCUCAAAGAGAAAGUUUCUUCUGUAGAUAAGCAGAGAGAACAGACAGAAAUCAUGGAAAGCUCAAGAACUCGUGCACAAGACAUGAUAGGACACCACCCGUCUGACGAUCGAGACACAUCUGAUCGAGCUCACGAUGAGAACAAGAAAAAAGCAAAAAUUCAAAAGAAACCUAUUAAGAAAAAGAAAGAGGAUGAUGUUGGGAUAGAGAGGGGUAACGCAGAGACAGCAUCUGAAGAUGGUCAAGUAUUUUCACCAAAAAAAGGACAGAAGAAGAAAAGUAUUGAAAAAAAACGUAAAAAAUCCAAAGGCGAUUCUGAUAUUUCUGAUGAAGAAGCAGCCCUGCAGAGUAAGAAGAAGCGAGGCCCACGGACUCCCCCAAUAACAACCAAAGAGGAGCUGGUUGAAAUUUCCAACGGUAAGGAUGGCAGUCUAGAGGAUUCUCAGAAAAAAGAAGAUACGGCGUUCAGUGACUGGUCUGAUGAGGAUGUGCCUGAGCGGGCGGAGGGGGCAGAACCGGAGCACGCUACCACAGCUGCUACUCCUGCAAGGACUCCUUCUCCGUCUUCUCUUCCUCCUCCUCCUCCUCCUGCGGCCACUGCUGCCAGUACCACUGGCCCGGCUCCUCUCGCCAUGUCCGCUGCCGCCAGCUUCACAUCGACUGCCGCCAUUGCCUCCUCUGCCACCCCCACCGGUACCGCCAAUGAAGACUCGCACAGAAAGUGCCACAGAGCACGAGCGGAAAAGGUAGAGGCACCUCAUGUUACCAUAGAAGAUGCACCGCAUCGCAAGCCAGUGGAUCAAAAGAGGAGUAGCAGCCUUGGGAGCAAUCGGAGUAAUCGUAGUCAUACGUCGGGUCGUCUCCGUUCCCCAUCCAAUGAUUCUGCCCAUCGAAGUGGAGAUGACCAGAGUGGUCGAAAGAGAGUACUCCAUAGUGGCUCAAGAGAUAGAGAGAAAACAAAAAGUAUGGAAAUCACAGGAGAGAGAAAAUCUAGGAUUGAUCAGUUAAAGCGUGGAGAACCCAGUCGAAGUACUUCUUCAGAUCGCCAGGAGUCAAGGAGCCAUAGUUCGAGAAGAAGUUCUCCUGAAUCGGAUCGACAGGUCCAUUCAAGAUCCGGGUCGUUCGAUAGCAGAGAUAGGCUUCAAGAACGUGAUCGAUAUGAGCAUGAUAGAGAGCGGGACAGAGAGAGGAGAGAUACAAGACAGAGAGAAUGGGACCGAGAUGCCGAAAAAGAUUGGCCACGGAACAGGGACCGAGAUAGAUUGCGGGAACGAGAGAGAGAACGAGACAAAAGGAGAGAUUUGGACAGGGAAAGGGAGAGACUAAUUCCUGAUUCUGUGGAAAGGGACAGGGACAGAGACAGAGACAGAACUUUUGAGAGUUCUUCUCAAAUAGAGUCUGUUAAACGCAGUGAAGCAAAACUGGAAAGUGAACAUGAAAGAGACCUAGAAGGCACUUCCCGAGACUCUCUUGCUUUGGAUAAAGAAAAAAUGGAUAAAGAUCUAGGAUCUGUGCAGGGAUUUGAAGAUCUAAACAAAGCUGAGAGAACUGAGAGUGUGGAAGCAGGAGAUGACGAAUCCAAGUUAGAUGAUGCACAUUCAUUAGGAUCUGGUGCUGGAGAAGGAUAUGAGCCAAUCAGUGAUGAUGAACUAGAUGAAAUUCUAGCAGGUGAUGCUGAAAAGAGGGAAGACCAACAGGAUGAGGAGAAGAUGCCAGAUCCAUUAGAUGUGAUAGAUGUGGAUUGGUCUGGUCUUAUGCCAAAGCAUCCAAAAGAACCACGAGAGCCUGGGGCUGCACUGUUAAAAUUCACACCUGGAGCUGUUAUGCUUAGAGUUGGGAUUUCUAAAAAGUUGGCAGGUUCUGAACUCUUUACCAAAGUCAAAGAAACAUGUCAGAGACUUUUAGAAAAACCCAAAGGUAAUUGCAUUCUACUUUGUGCAGUGUCUGCUAUAACUGUUAAUUAAGUGCCUUUGCAAAGGGUGCUGUUCUGUUCUCAUGCAGCACUUAACCAUAUAGGAACUGGGUUUGUGUUUUUUUUUGAUGACUCACUUAAGGUUCUUUAUUUAAAUCUUCUUUGAAAUUUUAGAAAGGAAUUUUGACCAUGAAAAUUAAAACCCACAGAAAAGUUACAGAAAUAGCACAAAUGAUCUUUCUUACCAUAAUUACUUUUUAACAGG